CGUAAAAGAGACACUACAGUCGCAAAGACUAAUCCUGUACUGUUGAAAAAGUCGAGAUAGGUUCCAUUGUGGUACUUGUUUGUAAGCAGUCGGAGUCAGACGAGAGAAGAAAAGGAGCAAGGAGCAGGAGAAAUAUUCAUCCAUCCAUAUAUAUAUAUAUUUUAAACACGGUUAACUUUAAUGAGCAUAAUAAAAUAAGAUAACAAAGAGGGAGAAAAACGAUCUUGCAAGAAGGGUCGAUGGAGGAAAAGGGUUAAGCCGAGGUGUUAAUCGAAGCGGUUUGUUAUAGUUUUCUUGAUCCGUAACGUUUCAUGCGGAAGUCUGCUUACAGUAACACUUCCAGAAGUUGUUAACAUAAAACAAGCUUCUAUUUUGUUAGCGGCGUUUUGAGCAUUAAAAGCUUGUAUUUCAGAGGGCUGACCUGAAGACAACUCUAACUAGUCCCUGGAAUAACAAGUGAAGAGAAGUCCAAUGCAGGCUGCUGCUCCAAGGCUGGUUUGCUGAUGGAUUGAGAACAUGGGGCACAUAAGUAACAUCUGGAAUCCUGAAUCCCUUUUUGUCUGAUCAGAACUAGAAUAUGAACAAGAAGAAAGUGCUGCUUUAUUAGAUCAUGAUGGUGGAGCACUGAGGCACCGGCAGAACAUCAGUCGUAACGUGUUCUGUGAAACCAUGCUGCGCUUCCUUUCUCUCAAGUUUGGACGCCUAUACCGAUGUCUGAAGUUAUUGUUUGUAGUAAGCUUGUUCGUCAUCUUGUUGAUGAACACCCACAACUUGUUUGCCUCCUUCCAGAAAAAUGAACUCACGGACCGUCGCUUCAUAAAUCUUAACAAGUGCCCGGCUUGCUUUGGCAACAGCUGGUGCCGCAAGUUUAUGAAUGGGCAGAUAACAUUUGAGUCAUGGGGUCGUUUGAGAUUCUUUGACUUUUUUAAUGUAAAAAAUGUGUAUUUUGCACAGUAUGGGGAACCAAGGGAAGGUACCAGACGGAUUGUUCUCAAGCGAUUGGGUUCAAAUCAGGAGCUGGCGGAUAUUGACCAGAAGAUAUGUAAGCGAGCUACAGGGCGACCACGAUGUGACCUCAUACAGGCAAUGUACAAGACGGAGUUCUCCCGGUUAAAUGGGGACGUAAGGUUACUGACUCCUGAGGUUGUAGAAGGGUGGUCUGAUCUAGUGCACUGCCCUUCUCAAAGACUCCUGGACAGAAUAGUAAGGAGAUACGCAGAAACGAAAGAUUCCGGGAGCUUUCUUCUCAAAAACUUGAAGGACACUGAACGUAUGCAGUUGUUAAUGACGCUGGCUUUCAACCCGGAACCCCUUGUUCUUCAGAGUUUUCCUUCAGAUGAAGGCUGGCCUUUUGCAAAAUACCUAGGAGCCUGUGGGAGAGUGGUGGCAGUAAAUUAUGUUGGAGAAGAUCUCUGGAGCUUCUAUCAUGCCCCCUGGGAAAAACGGGUAGACCUGGCCUUGCAAUUAAUGGAAAUUGCAGAGCAGCUUACCAACAACGAUUUUGAGUUUGCACUCUACCUACUCGACGUCAGCUUUGACAACUUUGCCGUUGGACCACGGGAUGGGAAGGUCAUUGUUGUGGAUGCUGAGAAUGUUUUGGUGGCAGACAAGAGAUUAAUAAAGCAAAAUAAACCUGAGAACUGGGAUGUGUGGUACGAGAGCAGGUUUGAGGACUGUGAUAAAGAAGCAUGUCUGUCGUUCUCCAAAGACAUUCUCUGUUCACGAGUCAAUGUGGAUCACAACUAUUAUGCCAUCUGCCAAAACCUCCUCUCUAAGCAUGCCACAUGGCGUGGCACAACCGGGGGGUUACUGCAUGACCCUCCAACAGAAAUCGCCAAUAGACUUGAAGCCAUGCUUGAUGAGUGUGCCAACCCAAAAAAGCGUUAUGGUAGAUAUCAGGCAGCUAAAGAACUUCGAGAAUACCUUGCACAACUUGGCAAUAAUGCGAGGUAGUCAACGGAAAUUACAUGCUUUUUGACUUUUUCUGUUUUUAUGUAUACUGGUCGGCAGAAAGAGUUGAGAACUGAGACACACACAGUAAAAACUAACAGUCCUACUUGUCCCUGACAAAAGUUGGUAGUAUUAUUAUUAUUAUUAUUAUUAUUAUUAUUAUUAUUUGCAUAGAAUCGCAAUGGAGUUCCGUAAACAAAGGCUGACUGAUUUAAAGCUUACACUUGGCUUUCUUUUUCAUUUGCCAGAGGGAGGGUCAGCUGAAGAUGAACUUGUUGAUGGAUAUAAUACAUAGUGACCUACUUAAUGAUGGCACAUGUGUCCCAGAGCAAUCCACAUUGUUCCAGCAUUUCUAUUACAAGUUUUAAAGUUGAUGUCUUUUGUGGAGGGAGCAUACUAACAGGUGGUUCACUUUUAUGUUGGGGGAAUUGACAACAUUUUGUUUCCGUAAUACAAAAAGUAUUGGACUUUUUUUCAUUUUGGAACGUUGUAUAAAAUAUGAACGUACUGUUCAUUUUAUUAGCUUUAUCCUUGCUGGAUUGUGCUAGAAGUAAUAGUUGCAUUACUGUACCAUUAUACACCUACAGUAUUUUAAUGCAGACUACUUCUAUAAUUGGUAGAUAAGGAUGUUGCAAAUAAUAGAACUAUCAUUUUUUUUUUUUUAAUUGUUUAAGACCUCUCUUGUAAGUCAUUGGAUACGCUAUUAUUCAAGAUACCAUGGAACAUGUUCUUUUCUCAGUGUUUACUGUAAGUGUCCCGCGAUAUGGGUAAUCAAGUUGAAUGGAGACAAUGCUCCUUGUAUAAAGCAGUAGGAAACAUUUAUUUUGGAUGGGUAAAAGAUCCAUCUGUUGUACAGUAGUUGCACAUACACCAAAGAAUCUGGUUAUAUGUAUAAUAUACCAUAGUCGUACUUAGAGUCAUGUGUUUUUUUUCUUAUAAUAAGAAAAUGUCACUUAAUUAGAAAAUCCUGGUAGAAGCAUAUAACAAGGGUUUUGUAAAAUGUGUACAAUGUUGUUUAUUUACACUUAAUUCACCAAUUUAAAAAAUGGCUCAAUUGGAGACCAGCUGGUUAUAAAUGGUGUGUUUUCUUUGCAGUGGAAUUGCAUUACAUUUUGAUUGGCUCUGGUAAAAGGCUGAUGUUGUAAAGUUCCAACUGGAUUCAUUGAUGUACAUCAGCAAGACUGACUAAUGGAAGAUUGAAUCAUAACUACAUUUCUAUAAUGCCUGGUUAUUUCUGGUUAUUUUACUAUUGUUGGAUGAGAAACACAUAGGUAAUUCAGUGCACUUUUUGUGUGUGUGUUGUAAAUUCAUAUUGGGGUACUGUAGCUGCCCAUGUGCACUGCUCAAUCAAGACCAUGCAAAAAUAAAUCCUGUAGGAAAUGUGUGUUCCCCUUUUUAUAAGUGUACUUAAAAUAAAUACAUUGCCCCCUCCUUUUAAGACUAGCCCAGGGGAAAGAUAAACUGCUUGUAUAGAAAGCAAUAAAGUACAUUCCAACAUUAAGUAUACAUAUUCCCAUUCUUUAUUGUUCCAGAUGUUGGUUUACAUUCUCUGUUCUUAAUCUCCGUUUUACUCGAUUUUAUGAUGCAGUUGCAGAAUAUUUUCCAAUGUGAUUUGGGGAUUUGUAUGUGCAAACAUAACUGUCUGCUUUUGUACUGUAUUUUUUUUUUCAUUUGAGUAUUAUAUCAGCACUGUCUGAUUUUACUGUGCCUUUCAUUAAAGUUGUUUUUACAACUUUAAGUGGGUUUAAAUAUUAAAUAUAUAUAUAUAUAUAUAUACUUGACAAAAGCGUGUGUGUGUUUUUUUUGGAAAUAGGCAAAAAGUUAAGUUAAAUAAAAGCCAUAAAUGUAAUUCACUGUAGUUUGUAAUUUCCAUUCAUUUGGAAUCUCUUAUUUUUAUUUAUUUAUUCUGACCAUAUGAAAAGGGCUUGGAUCUGUAUUAAACUGUCACAUUUUAUUUUGCCACCAAACCAGCAUACACAUCCUUCAUAAAUGCCUUUGAGUAAGAAUUUACAUUUCUUGUUGGCUCUCUGGUUGGAGCUUUGCCUCCUUAGUUUUGCUGAAAAAAUUAAUUUGACAUACAUAAAUAACCACACACUAGUGUUACUACAGUAGCAGUUUCC